AAGCUGAUGCGGUGCCGAUCGGGUGGUCAUGGCUGUAUUUCACGACGAGGUGGAGAUCGAGGACUUUCAAUACGACGAGGACUCGGAGACAUAUUUCUACCCCUGCCCCUGUGGGGAUAACUUCGCCAUCACCAAGGAAGAUCUGGAGAAUGGAGAAGAUGUGGCAACGUGUCCUAGCUGCUCUCUCAUUAUAAAAGUGAUUUAUGACAAAGAUCAGUUUAUGUGCGGAGAAACAGUCCCAGCACCUUCAACCAACAAAGAGCUAGUUAAAUGUUGAAGAAGCCCUCAGGGACCCAAAUCCUGAAGAGCCCAGGUGGAUGGAUGAGUGCAGUGACCUACCUCUUCCAUGGCUUGCUCUUCUAUGGGUAUGGAUAUUCACCAGCCACUGAAUUCACCUGGAAAAAGUGAGCCUGUGACAUACCAGGCCUGGAUUUCAUGCUUGCAUGGCAUUGGAAGGAUUCCUAAUUGUCAUCUGAAUUUAAGGAAGAGCUUUAUAAACUGGUGCCUUUUCUUUUCCUUGGUUGCAUCAUUUGAAUAUCUUAAAACUAACUCAUUUUUUGAAAACAACAUCAUCCACCUCAAUCCUGAGGGUCCUUAUUUUGUUUUAAAGAUUUAUUAUUUCUAA